AUGAGCUUCCUCAAAUUUAAAGUCCUUCAGGGCGUGCCACUUCGAUUUGUAGUAAGAAGCUUUCUCCAACGGGCAAACAACAGUCCCCUCGCCAGUAGUGGAGUCUUGAAGAGCAAACGUAUUGAAAUUCAUGAUGCCAACUCAGCAGUACCUCCAGUCGCAAAACCUUCCGCUGAAAAGGAGUUGAAAUCAGAGACAUCAAGGCCAACAGAUUCACCACAACCAUCUUUCGUAAUGUUUGAUGCUACGGACGCCAGUAACGUAUAUAAAGGUCCUGCUGCCACAAAAUCUAUAAUUAGUGAUCCUGCUGUGAACUCUAUCAAGGUCGAACCUAUCAAGCUCCAAACUUCCAAUACUCCUGAUAAAAGUGAAGCGUCACCACAACCAGGAUUGCCAACAAGUCAGGCUAUUCCGGAAUUCACGCCCGAAUUCCCUCCACCUGCUGCGAAAGAUUCCGCUUCUCCACCACCACCAUCAGACACGUCACCACCAUCGUCGAAUGCCACUUCACCACCAUCGUCAAGUUCACCACCACCAUCGAAUGCCGCUUCCCCACCACCAUCAAGUAAUAUUCCAGUAGAACACAACAAUGACCAAAUCAAAAAACCCGAAGAAUCGCAAGGCAUUGUGUGGUUGGAUAAUGUGUUGCCACUGAAGAUCUUCAAAUACGAUCCACGAAUGCAUAUUAUACAAAGAUACUACGAGCACAUUCAGAAAAAUUUGGAAGCUGAGGCUCAACAUAUGAUUCCAAAAACAUUCGCUGCCCCAUUUAAGAUUGAGAAAAUUAUGCCGAAUAUAAAAGACGGUGGGAUGAUGUUAUACUUUUCGUAUAAAGGCGCUGCUCUAGAUGCUAUUGAGCAGAUUAAAGCCCAUUUGACAGAAAACGCUGUGAGAGGUCCUUAUACUUGGGCCAGAGUUCAUGCCUUCGAAGUCAAGGGUGAGCCUUGGGUGGAAGACCUGGAACAUCGCCUUCCGUCAAAUCGCCUCAAAAUCGAGUUUUCUGGACCCGAUUUGCCUCUCGAGAUGCUCUACAAAGAGUUCAGAGUGUUUGGUAGUAUUGUGGACAUCUUUCCAAUGUCCCCAAGCUCGAAAGAUCUUCCCCGGUUUGCUGUGAUUGAGUACAAGAAAUAUCGGUCAGCUGCUUCUGCAAGAAAUUGCCUGUAUUUAGAAGAGAUGGCGGGCACCAAAAUCCGUUUAUCAUAUCUGAGGCCACUUUCAGAGGGCGUAAUAUGGAAUAGUAUUACCCAACACCCUCGUCUGAGUGCGCCAAUCAUUCUUGCUCUCAUCGCUGGUCUCUCCUACUUGAUUUUUGACCCCAUCAGGCUCUUCUUCAUAUCUAAUGAGAUAACGGACCGCCUCACUUUCAAGCACUUAUGGCAAAUCAUCCGACCUUAUACGCAAACUGCGGAAAGACUGGCUGAUAAGACAGUAGGGUACUUUUUAGGAUCUUCCUCUGAAAGGAAACAGGACGAUGCUACCAAUGUACAAGAAAUCGAACAAGAACGACAACGCCUCGAACGGGCGCUAGGGGAAAAUCCAGAAACUGUCAUUCUCGUACAAGGUGUAUCUGGAAAUGCAAAGUCUGAUUUGGUGAAGGAUGCAACUAAGGGCUUCCAGAACAUGCUCUAUAUUGACUUGGAUGACAUGAUUGGACAAAGUGAUCCGGUAAUGCUGGAUCGCUUAGCAUCAUCGGUUGGCUACUUCCCGCUUUUCGGCUGGUUGAAUUCUGUAUCAUCUUUGGCAGACACUGUCAUCACAUCUACUACAGGCAAGAAGAUUUGUGUGAAAGCUGGCUUAGCAUCGACUAACGAUGUGCAGUUCCGUCAUAUUCUGGAAACCGUUACUGUGGCGUUGAAUAGCAUCACAACUGCUCAAAGAACGGCAUUAGACAAGUACAAUGCAAAAUACGCAAUGGUGGAGAAUGCUCCACCAGCUCCUGAGAUGGAUUAUCCUGUCGUUGUUAUCGAUGGGUUCUUCUCAAAGGAGAAAGGCAAUACUAAAGGCCACACGUUUGUGUACGAAAUCGCAGCUGAGUGGGGAGUCUUCCUCGCAGAGAACUCUAUUUGCCAUGUCGUCUUUGUCACUGAUAGCCCUUCAGCAUACAAGAGUCUGACUAAACAGACACCCAAACCCAUCGUCGCAAUUACUCUGGCUGAUGCUUCGUUGGCUUCCAGUAUGCAAUAUGUGACUCGCCGUCUCGGAUUCGGAUAUAACGCCGAAGAAUUAAUGCCUAUGGUAGCAGGCCUUGGAGGUCGCGUUUCUGAUUUGGACCUAUUUACUCGAAAGAUCAAAUCGGGUAGCAAACCUGCUGAUGCAUACGCUGAUAUAGUUUCUCGAGCCGUGUCUGAGUUAAGAAAGAUUGGAUUUGAGGACCGUGAUGACGGAAAGAAACUCUUCACUACACCUCAAUUUUGGCACAUUAUCAAGAACUUGGCUGAGCAUGAGGAGAUUGGAUUUGAUGAGGUCCGAUUCAAUCCACUUUUCAAAGGCGACGAAACCCCACUGUCAGCCCUAGAAAGAACUGGAAUCAUAGUGCUUGUCUCAGAGCAUAAUCGUCCGUACAAGAUUAGGACUGGAAAGCCCCUAUUUAGGGUUGCCUUCCAAAACAUGCUCACUGAUACGAACUUUGUUGCUACAAUGUCGAUUUUGACUCUCAAGUCAUUAAAAGGAGAUGAAGAAGCCAAAGUAAAAUCCUUGCAGCAACAAAUGGUCGAAUUGUCCGCUUCGCUUGCCACAAAGACGCUUCCGUAUGAUGCACGUCGUGAGCUAGAAAUUCGUGCCAAUACAGUAUCUCAACUUUUGGCAUCUAGCAAUAAGAAGUUGAUGGCGUGGGAGACUGAGAUAAAGAAGCAUGAAGCCUCUUUGGCAUUGUGA